AGAGGACGACUCUUGGAAGGAUCGGCUCUCCGCUGGGUCCCCACCCGGAAUCAUGUCGAGUUUGGCGGUGAGAGACCCGGCGAUGGAUCGGUCGCUGCGUUCCGUGUUCGUGGGGAACAUUCCGUACGAGGCCACCGAGGAGCAGCUGAAGGACAUUUUCUCGGAGGUGGGUUCGGUGGUCAGCUUCCGGCUGGUGUACGACCGCGAGACGGGCAAGCCCAAGGGCUAUGGCUUCUGCGAGUACCAGGACCAGGAGACCGCGCUCAGUGCCAUGCGUAACCUUAACGGGCGCGAGUUCAGCGGCCGGGCCCUGCGGGUGGACAACGCCGCCAGCGAGAAGAACAAGGAGGAGCUCAAGAGCCUCGGGCCUGCGGCGCCCAUCAUCGACUCCCCGUACGGGGACCCCAUCGACCCCGAGGACGCCCCCGAGUCCAUCACCAGGGCGGUGGCCAGCCUGCCCCCGGAGCAGAUGUUCGAGCUCAUGAAGCAGAUGAAGCUGUGUGUGCAGAACAGUCACCAGGAGGCGCGGAACAUGCUGCUCCAGAACCCGCAGCUGGCCUACGCGCUGCUGCAGGCCCAGGUGGUCAUGAGGAUCAUGGACCCGGAAAUCGCGCUGAAGAUCCUGCACCGCAAGAUACAUGUCACCCCGCUGAUCCCCGGCAAAUCCCAGCCUGUCUCCGGCCCUGGCCCCGGCCCCGGCCCUGGCCCCGGCCCCGGGCUCUGCCCCGGCCCCAGUGUCCUGCUCAACCAGCAGAACCCUCCCGCCCCGCAGCCCCAGCACAUGGCGAGAAGACCCGUCAAAGACAUCCCUCCUCUGAUGCAGACCCCUAUCCAGGGGGGGAUGCCGACCCCGGGCCCGAUUCCAGCCGCGGUUCCCGGACCGGGGCCUGGUGCCUUAACCCCUGGGGGAGGAAUGCAGCCCCAGGUUGGAAUGCCCGGCGUGGGUCCGGUGCCUUUAGAGCGGGGACAGGUGCAGAUGUCGGAUCCUAGAGCUCCUAUACCUCGUGGGCCCAUGACUGCCGGGGGCCUGCCUCCUCGAGGACUGUUGGGAGAUGCUCCAAACGACCCACGUGGAGGGACUUUGCUUUCAGUCACUGGAGAAGUAGAGCCCAGAGGCUAUCUUGGCCCACCUCAUCAGGGCCCCCCCAUGCACCAUGCCUCUGGUCACGACGGCCGCGGCCCUUCGUCACAUGAGAUGAGGGGAGGGCCGUUAGCAGAUCCCAGACUGCUGAUGGGAGAGCCCAGGGGACCCAUGAUAGAUCAGAGGGGUCUCCCUAUGGAUGGCAGAGGUGGUAGAGAUUCUCGAGGGAUGGAGACUCGAGCCAUGGAGACUGAAGUCUUAGAGACACGAGUCAUGGAGAGAAGAGGAAUGGAGACCUGUGCAAUGGAAACCAGAGGGAUGGAAGCGAGAGGCAUAGACGGAAGAGGGAUGGAGAUACGCGGCCCUGGCCCCGGUUCCAGAGGCCCUAUGACUGGUGGAAUCCAGGGACCUGGGCCCAUUAAUAUGGGGGCAGGUGGUCCUCAGGGACCUAGGCAGGUCUCAAGCAUUUCAGGGGUGGGAAAUCCUGGAGCUGGCAUGCCGGGGGCAGGCAUGCAAGGGGCGGGCAUGCAGGGGGCGGGCAUACAAGGGGCAGGCAUGCAAGGGGCGGGCAUACAGGGGACAGGCAUGCAGGGAGCAGGCAUACAGGGGACAGGCAUGCAGGGGGCGGGCAAGCAAGGUGGAGGCCAGCCUAGCAGUUUCAGUCCUGGGCAGAGCCAGGUAACUCCACAGGAUCAAGAAAAGGCAGCUUUGAUCAUGCAGGUUCUUCAGCUGACUGCAGAUCAGAUUGCCAUGCUGCCUCCUGAGCAAAGGCAGAGCAUCCUAAUUUUAAAGGAACAAAUUCAGAAAUCUACUGGAGCUUCUUGA